CCCAGCAAACAAUGCCACUUCUUCACAGCCCAUGUCAAAUGCCUCAAGUGGCCAGCAGUUUCCUCCUCCACACCCUUUAUGGCCUACGGGUUACAUGCAGCAGAGUGGUAUGGAUUGUAACUUUAUGGGAAACCUCAAUUUUCCAAACCCUGGUCAAGGUCCGACAACAAUGUGGGCACCCAUGCAGACAGGACAUAGUACUUCCCAAUCUACCAUGAUUCCGGCCUCACAAUCAGCUAUGUACUGGAAUCAUUACUUGAACUUUGUCAGGAAUCCUCUUGGGUCAGCUGAAGUAAAUCCAUUUCCUGAUUCCAUUCCACCUUCCAAUACUAGUACACCAUUGCAGGGUUCCAAUACUAUACCUUCAUUACCUGUGAACUUGGACUCAGAUGCUGAACACAGUGUUCAUGACAUCAAUAGUCCUGAAAAGAAUGCACCUCCUGUGCAGAAACCCAAGAAGUCUAAGGAACAAAACUUUACUGGGCCUGAAGAUCUUCUCCUUUGCACAACCUGGUUGCAAAUAAGCAGUGACCCUGUUGUGCACACUGGCCAACGUAGGGAGGGGCUUUGGGCUAGAAUUGAAAAAAGAUACAACGAACAGAGGGGCAAGUUUCCUUGUAGAGUGAACAGAGCCCUUAGCAGCAGAUGGGACAAGAUUAGAGCAGAUGUUAGUAAGUUCUCUGGCUACUACGCAAGAGUUCUAAGAGAGAAACAAAGUGGCUUAACUGAUGACGACAAGACAUCCAAGGCGGCAACAUUGUUUGCACACGAGGAGAACAAACCUUUCCAGUACAUGCAUUGCUGGCACCAACUCAAGGGAGAACCCAAAUGGGAGAGCAUUUGUAGUGGACAAUCGUUCCGCGGAUUGAAUGCAAAUCCAAUUGGCUCUACAGGUACUCCAUAUGUUGACGCUACUGAAACUGAUAGUGCAUCUGCUGGUUUGACAGGAAAACGACCGCGUGGUCGUGAUUUUAGUAAAUCAGAGAGAAACAAACCUGCAUCUUCCUCAUCUCUAGAGUACCUUAGCCGUUUGCAAGAAAUAACUGAAAAACAAAUUCAGAGGUCCAUAGAAAAGGGUGAAAAGAAAGAGAAGUGCUCACAAGAAGACAGAGAAAUGGAGAAAAAGAGGUUGGAAUUGGAAGCACAAAAGGUCAUCAUACGACAAAGGGAAUUGAAACUUCAAGAACUAGAUUCUGCUGAAAAAAGAUUGCAAAGGCUGGAGGCAACAAAUGAAGAAGAUGUCGAUCCCGAAGUCUGGAUUAUGAUGAAAGAACAAAAAAAAGUUGCAACAAUUCAUAUUUAGUUUUGAGUAAACGAUAUAUUCGGUGACUCAGAACUUGAGCUUGUUCACGAAACCGGUUUGCAUUAUUUGUUUAAGUCAUGGUGAAAUUUGUUUGUGAGACGAUUAUAUUUUUGUUCGAACCAUAAGUCGUGAAGGACAGUUGUGGUGUCACUUAUGUUGUAUCGUGUUGUUAUACACAGUAAUUAUUUGUGAGUGAUGUGAACAUGUUUCAUUAAAGUUUGAUAAAUUUGUUUGUCA